AUGCGUCAAUCUCUCAGUUCUCGCGAGGUUUCGCCUUCCCGGAAGUACAGGAGGACCUUCCCCGUUACCGGCGUCGCUAUGUGCGGGGACUGUGUGGAGAAGGAAUAUCCCAAUCGGGGUAACAUUUGCCUGGAGAAUGGAUCUUUCUUGCUGAACUUUACUGGCUGUGCAGUGUGCGGUAAGCGGGAUUUUAUGCUGAUCACAAACAAAUCUUUGAAAGAAGAAGAUGGAGAAGAAAUAGUUACCUAUGAUCAUCUGUGUCAGAAUUGUCAUCACGUAGUAGCCAGGCAUGAAUAUACAUUCAGUAUCAUGGAUGAAUUUCAGGAGUACACCAUGCUGUGCUUGUUAUGUGGCAAAGCUGAAGACACCAUCAGCAUCCUCCCUGAUGACCCCCGACAGAUGACUCUGUUAUUCUAA